AUGUCAACUGCUUUCAUACCUGUCGCUCUAGCGCCCACCGUCCAUUACAGUAAUCACGACCUCGACAAGUACACGCAUUACUAUCCAUCGCCUGCUUCGGUCAAAGAAAGCAGUGAGGAUAGACCACCCAAUAUCAACCUACACACACCUGAUAGUGCUCAGAAUAUCAAUCAAUCACAAAACUCAUCAUCAUCAUCCAUGUAUCAACAACCAGGUUAUCCUCAGGGGUACCAACAACAGCAGCAGCAGCAAUAUCAACAACAGCCGAAUUGGCACACACAAGUAGCCGGUCCAUCAACAAGACGUAGACAAUCACCUUCAUCUUCCUCGCAGAUCUCCCCAGUCCCACUCAAUGAUUACCGGGAGAACAGCAGAGAAGCAGGAAGUGGAUAUACCAAAGAUAGAGCGAGUAGGAUGAUAGUGGAUGGAGAGGAGGAUGAUGGAAGGAUAGGUACCGAGGAUCCUCGCGGAGAGAGAAAGUAUACCGAACUCAAGUGUCUAGGCGAUGGUUCAUUCGGUACGGUAUGGCUAUGCGAUUGGCACUCUCCAGUGAAAUCAGAUAUAAUACUAUCCGCUAUGCAAUGUGGGGCAGGGGCUAGGCCUGAGUGGGCGGGGAAGCGAUUGGUAGCGUUGAAGAGGAUGAAGAGGGUGUGGGAAGGUGGAUGGAAACAGGCAAGGACGCUAGGAGAACUAGUGUCCCUCAGCAAGAUCCCUCCUCAUCCCGCUAUCAUCCCUUUAUACGACGCCUUCAUCUCACCCAAAUCACGCGAACUCUAUUUCGUUUUCGAGUGCAUGGAGGGAAACCUCUAUCAGUUGACGAAAUCACGAAGGGGUCGACCACUAGCAGCUGGUCUCAUAGCUAGUUGUUUCCAUCAAAUAUCAGCCGGUCUAUAUCACAUCCACCAAUACGGCUAUUUCCAUCGAGAUAUGAAACCUGAAAACCUCCUCGUCACCACAACGGGUCUAACGGAUUACCUAAGUGCGUCAACGCUAAAUCAGAUCAACGGUUCCCGGAUAGAAGGAUCGGGUGUUUUACCGCCUACAGAAGAUCAGGUGAAGUAUGAGAAAGACGUAAGGGUUAUAGUGAAACUUGCAGACUUUGGUCUAGCAAGAGCAACCAAUUCCAAACCUCCUUACACAGAAUACGUCUCCACCAGAUGGUAUCGUGCGCCAGAGGUGUUACUUCGUUCCACGGAUUAUGGACCACCUGUGGACAUGUGGGCAUUAGGGACGAUCUUGGCGGAAAUGGUCAAUCUCAAACCUCUCUUCCCUGGUGUCAGCGAGAUUGAUCAGGUGUACAGGAUCACGGAGACAAUGGGAGAACCUAGUGGUGAAUAUGGAGUGGAUGAAAGAGGUCAGAUAAUAGGUGGUGGACCCUGGAACUCGGGUAUCAAGUUGGCUAAGAAUGUUGGAUUCUCUUUUCCCAAGCGCCAACCUGUACGAUUCCGAGGUCUUUUUGGGGAGGACGUCCCACAAUCACUUGUAGAUUGCAUACACGAUCUUCUACGAUAUAACCCGAAAUACAGGUUGACUUCAGCUCAGUGUAUUGAUCACGCUUAUUUCCAUGAGACCCUUCCCCACCUUCAGCAGACUCCACCUUUACCACGAAUCCCUUUCUCCCAAGGUCAACCUGCACCCGGAGCAUUACGGAAUGCCCCUGCCGAAAUUGCCCAAGCCCCGCCUCGUCAAGUUCCUCCAUCUCACUCACACACCCCACACGAAGCUCGACCUGCGUUCGCCAAUGGAGACAUGCGGACUCUUCCUCCCCCUCUGGGCACUCCAGACAGUGCUUCGCCUGCUGGAUCAAGGUUCUUCCCUUCUGCUCACAUGCAUGGUCAUGCUCAAGAUGCACGAACUUAUUCAUCGGCUUCGGCAUUGGUACAUCAACUUCGAGAAUUGGAUUUACCUACGGAUGAUCUUGCAAGUUACGGAAAUAGACCUGCACCUUCCCCCGCACUCGCGCAAACCCAACAAAUCGAUCCUCGAGCUAGAUCUCAACAAUGGGCUAGUGACGUGGCUAUGUCUGCUCAGCGUGCUCCUCAAGCGCCAUCUACAGUCUACGAUGGCUCUGUAUAUGAAGGUUCACAACCGGCGCUGAACUCGAAUCCAGCAUUCAACAACUACUCUUCUACUUCUAUUCCGGAUCAUUCCACGCGACAGCCUUACGAUCAGCUCAAACCUCACGUCGCUGCAUAUGUGCAACAGCAGCAACAGCAAAGAUACACGGACGAAAGUCUUCGCCAAGCUGCAUCGUCAGAGUUGUCUUUGGCGCCUCCAAUCGAGCCCACCACCGGAGCGGCACGGGCAGAGAAACUCGCAGCUACAGGAAAGAAGAAGAAGUGGGGUCUCAGUUCGGUCUUUGGAGGAGCGGCAGAUAAAAGCUCAACGGCGGAUCUUACUCCUGUUGCCGAGGUUGGCUAUUCUGGAUCGUCCCUUAAGCGAACGCAAUCAGGUAACAGACCUCAGGACCGAAUGGUGGUUCAACCACCUACAUCUCUUGAUCCUAAGAAAGCUAAAAAGGAGGCCGAGAAAGCUGCCAAAGAAGCUGAGAAGGCAAAGAGAGAAGCUGCAGCGGCUUUGCAGAAGGAAAGAGCUCGAGCGGUCAUGCAAAAGAGAAAUCAACUCAUCGAAGCUAGAAAUCAAAGUCAGACCAAAACCGAAAUCGAAUUCGCUUCUUCUAACGUCAAUGAAAUUGGAACUCGUCCACAGCGACCAUCACAGCCACCUAACUACAUCUCACCAUCCACCACUUCUCUCGCACCAGGAGGUAACCCUUCGAUGGGUAAUUUGAGAAACUACCCCGACGUCCCUGCUAGCUCUAGUAUGACGUCGGUUCGAUCUCAUGAUUCUGCUCAUUCAGCGAUGUCAAACAAAUCUGGACUGAGCGCAGCGGCCCUGAAAGCCUAUGACGAUGUACACGGUGAAGGUAGACAUAAAGCGAGAAGAAGGGAUGAUGACGAUGAUCAUUCGAUGUCGAGCUUCGGUCAAUAUUCUAGAAGUGUCUUGACUGUCGGCACUAUCGGCACGGUCGAUAGCGAUCCUGGACCUAGACGAGCCAGAGAACACUGGCCUGAUCCAUUACGACAACGUGAGACGAAGCGUGCUCCAUCCGUAUCAUCAUUCAAACAGCAUCAUGGCCCCACUUCACGCUCGACCGCAUCGCUGGAAUCCCAACUCGCCCAUGAUUUCAAAGUUCGGGCUAAUGUUGGUGCGGCGCCUUCCUCUGCUUCUUUGGGUAGGUUGGGUCAAGGUAGAAGCUCGUUGUCUCUCCAUGGACAAAUGGAAGGUCUUGGACGCCCACUUCUAGCCCAUGGUCUGAAUAACACCGGUCAAGGGAAUGGAUCUGCGCCAACGAGUCCGUACGGUCAUCCUAAAGGUGUAGCGGUGUCACACGGGAUUGGUAUGGGCAGACAAUCAAUCUCGAACGCUUCUGGUCAUACCGGUUCGGGAACGGUCUUACCGAGUAUAAGCAGUUUUGAUGUAGGCGAUAUGUCACAGCAUGCUCAAGGUCACAUCAAUCCCAUGUUUAGAGUUCCACCAGCAGGUCCUAAUCAAUCGCAAACUACUUUACCACCUUUUUCGGCCAUUGCUAGUGUCGCAGAUAGAGAGGCGCAUGAUCAUCCUCAUCCCUCGCAGUAG